GGCUGCGCGGUAGUCUCACGCGCACUGUCACACGACGAGCGGCGCGCGCGCACGCCACCACUGCAUCACUAGCCGCGAUAUAUUUCACGCACAUCACAUUACUGGUGACUUAUGAAUUUGAAAAGUUCUGGGAGAUUUUGAAAGUACUGGGUUUAUUGCCGUGAGUGAUGUCGAAAGUAGAGGCGAUGGAGAAGGAGGUGUUCGCGGGCAGCGGCGGCGUGGACACGGAGCGGCUGAUGCGCGAGCUGGGGCAGGCGCGCCGCUUUCACCUCGCCAGCUACGCGCUGCUGGCAGUGGCGGUGUUCGUGGCCGCGCUUUACGCCACCAACUACGUGUUCCUGGCUGCCGACGUGCCCUACAGAUGCGUGGUGCCAGAGUGCGAGUCAGCGAACAGCACGGACUACAGCCCGGCGUGGCUGGAGGGCGCGCUGCCGCCGGGCGGCGUGGAGGCGCGCUGCUCCCGGCGCGCGCCGCGGGACCCGCAGCUGCCGUGCCAGCACGGCACCAGCUUCGGCGAGGAGUUGCUGCCCUGCGACCGCUGGCUCUACCAGUCCAACAACACUAUUGUCACUGAGUUCAACUUGGCAUGUCAAGAAUGGAAGCGCACUCUGGUGGGCACGGUGCACAACAUAGGCAUGCUGGUCUCUCUGCCCAUACUCGGAUACAUCUCCGACCGUUGGGGCAGAAAGCGCGCGCUGAUCCUGAGCUGCACGCUGGUGGGCGCCAUCGGCUCGCUGAAGGCGUUCUCCAUCUCCUACGAGAUGUACAUCACCAUCGAGUUCCUGGAGACCAUCGCCGGAGCCAGCGCCUUCCCCGCCGCCUACAUCAUGACAAUCGAGCUACUUGGCCAGGAUAAACGAGUACUAACCACAGCUUUUCUAGGCAUCAUGCUUGUACUAGGAGGACUGAGCUUUGCUCUCCUGGCGAAGGCCUUCCAGUACUGGCGCACCUUCAUCAUCGUAGUAUAUCCGCCUUCUCUGCUGUUCUUGUUGUACAUAUACUUGCUGCCUGAGAGUAUCAGGUGGUUAUUGUCAAAAGGGAGAAAGGAAGAAGCUGUAGAGAUUAUAUUGAAGGCUGCAAAAAUUAAUAAAGUGACACUGUCAGACGAGACGAUGAAACAGUUAACAGAAGAGAAGGUAAAGCCGGUGGAGGAGAAGAAAGACGAGAAGGCGGAGGAAGGGCUGUGGAUGCAGGUGUUCCACUCGCCCAUCAUCAUGACGCGGCUGGCCAUCUGCUCGUGGUGGUGGAUAACGUGCACGUUCGUGUUCUACGGCCUGGCCAUCAACUCGGUGUCGCUGGCGGGAGACAAGUACACCAACUACAUGCUGGUGGUGAGCGUGGAGGUGAUCGCUGUGGUCACCAACGCGCUGGUGCUGGACCGCAUCGGUCGCAAGCGCACGCUGCUGUGCGCGUACACCGUGUGCGGGCUCGCCUGCGUCGCAAUUCCUUUCGUGCCUAAAAAUUUGUCAUGGCUGGCGACGCUGCUGUACCUGGUGGGCAAGGUGGCGAUUACGCAGGCGUUCAGCGGCAUCUACAUGUACACGUCGGAGCUGUUCCCGACGCACGCGCGGCACAGCCUGCUCGGCUUCUGCUCCAUGGUGGGCAGGAUCGGCUCCAUCGUCGCGCCGCAGAUGCCUCUGCUGGCUAUUUACGUGGAGUGGCUGCCAUCAGUGCUGUUCGGUUCGACGGCGCUGGUCGCCGGCGCGCUGAUGCUGACCACGCCGGAGACGCUGAACACGCGACUCCCGGACACCAUCCGCGAGGCCGAGCAGAUCUCGCGCCAGGACCCCGCACCCGUCACCGAAGUGCAGAUGACUACGAGGCCUUGACCAAUACCAACUUAAUAUAAAACUAUCAACGUGUAAUUUUAAGGAGACGUAUUUAUAUGCUUCGGUUUCACUCGUGUCUUCCAAUUAUGUGUAAAUAAUGGUGCCACAUAGAUAUUAUAUCUUUAGUAAAGUGUUAGAUGCUAAUAUUAAGGUAAAGGCACCCGGAGUGGAAGCAGCAAGAGGAAAUAGAUCAGACUUUAAUACUACUUCUGGAUUACGCCUUGAGCAGGGGAACGGAGCUGUAGAUACACCUAUGGUGUUAUCUCAUGAUGUUCUGCUGUUCGAUAGCCAUUACGUACAAACUUAAUGUCGUCGGUAUUUAUAAUAUAGGUAACGUAUUUCUAAGUGAUGUAGUAGGUUAAGACAAAUAGUAAAGCUAUCAAUGUGAUAAUUUUAUACAUCUUGUACUGUUGAAACAUUUUCGUAGCCGUGAUACUUAGUACACAUAUACUCCCGACAGAUGUCACCGCUGCGAUGCAUUUAAUUACAAUGAAAUACUUUGUGCUUACCUUAAGUUCCUCAAUAUUAUUUACAUAGUUGUUAAUUUUGUACACUUGCCGUUACCAUAGCAACUAAUCAGUGCACAAGACUGCAGUAGCAGUCAGUAUACGUUAUCCGUCAUGAUGUAAUGAGUAGAGGGUCCAAAACUAUUUUUGUAAGAUUUAUUGUUACCAUAUACCUAGUUCAGAAAUACAAUGUAGACGUUGACAUUAUAAUGUAUAAGUUCAAAAGUACCAGGGUACUAAGUGUAUGUCAACGUGUUGUGUAGACAUAAGAUUUAUUUAUUGUGUUACACGAGUACUAGAUUUUAGUUAAGUCAAUAGUACCCUUUGUAAUAUAAUUCUUUUGUAAAUAAGUAAAUGAAAAAUAAGAAAUUAAA